AUGGGUGGUUCGGACGAGUUUCUCCAAGCAGAAAUUGCGGGCGGUGUCCGGAGAUCAAUUGAAGUGGAGGUUUCGAUUUAUUCACUGAAAGACUAUAAAAGAAUGCUUGUUCCUGAUCAAGUAAACCCGUGGUACGCUGCUCUCCUGACUGCUGGUGGAGUCAUCGGUUACCUGAAAGCUGGUUCCGUUCCAUCACUGAUUGCUGGUGCAGGCAGUGGUGCUAUUGUGGCUGCUUUCACUUUCCUGGACUUGCCAUAUAAAACACUAGCUGUUGCUGGUGUUUCUGGUGUAUUAACAUACGUUAUGGGUAUGCGAUUUGCUAACUCUCACAAAAUUAUGCCCGCUGGUGUAAUAGCAGCAGCAAGUGUAUGCGCUCUAGUUGUUCAGCUAGUACAUAUGCAUAGGACAAAUAGCCUACAAUGA